CGAAUCAGGCAGUGGGCUGAGAGUGUCGGAGAAACGAAUCUUAGCCGGAGGCUUUGAGGCUGAGGACCGCCUGUAUGGCUGGAGCGAUUCCCUCUUCUGAUUUUAUGAUUUUCGCUCCUUAGGACAGCUCCGGGCUGCAGCUCGCCGUCCAAAAGCGGUUCAUCGCGAAAUCUGUGCAAUGGAUCAGUGAUCGCAUCCGCAGUACCGGAGACCGGAUCGUAUCAAAUGGUAGCGCUGUCGAAGCUUUUUUCACUCAGCACUGCCGUAAGGACCGCUGCAGUGGUCGGCGCCGUGGUGUUCGCCGUGUGGUAUAUCAAGCGCUCUCGCGAAAAAAUACCGCGCGUUUUCGUUUGUUCCUCUGACUCGGAUUGGGACGAAAUCGCGGACGAGUUCAAGAAAUGUUCAUCCGAAGGCCUGCUUGGAGUUGACUGUGAAUGGGUGAACGUGAAUUCGGGCACCCAUUUGGUUGCUCUGCUCCAGAUGGCGCCGAAUCCCGAAUUGUGCGUCCUCAUACGCCUCUGUCAGAUGCAAAUGCCAUUGGAAGUGAGACGAAUCCUCGCGGAUCACAACAUCUUGAAGUUUGGUGUCGCUAUCGUGGAAGACGCCAGGCGACUCCACACCGACUACGGGGUCGAGAUGAACGGCUGUCUGGAUCUACGGUACAUGGCCUUGGAAAUGGGUUGUGAGGAGAACACGAGCCAGGGCCUUUCCCUGGCCACGCUGUCAUCUCGCUUCGCAGGUUACGAGCUGAACAAAUCCCCGCUGCUGCGAGGGUCCAACUGGGAAGCUCGUAGACUCACGAAGGCCCAGUGCGUCUAUGCGGCGAACGAUGCGUUCGCUGGGAUUAGGAUAGCGCGCCAUUUCCUAGGAACCUCCCUGCUGAGAUCUCUGCGCGACAGCUGCUUGUCUCGAUUCGCGAUUUACGUCGACAAACCAUUCCGGAUGCAUCCAGCGAAGAAGAAGAACCCGUCCACGAAGAGUUCGAAACCUCCGAGCUCGAAAUCGAAACGAAGAACGGUCACCAGAAGCGACCAGAAGGUGUACAAAAACGCUGUCAUGAAAGCUCCCGACGGUGAGAUGCUUUGCAACACCGACGACGUUAAAGUCGAUUGGUAUCUCAAAAUGAAACUGGCCACACUCGAGUCCGAAGAUCCGCCCGUGAUCAGACUCAACUUCGAGCCACGCUGUCGCGCGAUUCUGGGGGGCGAGUUCUACAUCGAAGAGAAACGCAACAUUUGCGUUGUAUGCGGCGCCGAUGAUCUCUUGUUGAAGAAGAACGUAGUUCCGUUGGAAUAUCGCAAAAGGUUCCCGGAAUUGAUGAAGUCUCACACCUCUCACGACAGCGUUCUGAUCUGCGUGAGUUGCCAACACAGGUCAACGAGGCACGACGCCGAGCUUCGCGCAAAGUUGGACACCGAAUGUCCGAUAGAUGUGCAGGCUCCGAUGAUGAACUCGCUGAAACGAGCGGCUCGUGCGCUGAAGACGGCAGGAGGGAAAUUACCCGAAUCGAGGAGGAUUGAAUUCAUCAAUUUACUCGAGGACCACUUCAGAGAACCUCUAUCGGAUGCCGUGAUAGACAAAGCGCUGAGACUAGACGAGCAGCAGUGGAUGCUCGACCACGGCUUGACGCACGCUCAAAGGGUUGUUGCAAAGUACAGCAAGACAGAAGGCCUUUUCGCAUUGGAAUCCAGAUUCAGGCAGCAUUUCUUAGAUACAAUGCAACCCGAGCAUCUCUCGUCGAAGUGGUCCGUCACCCAUAAUCACGAGGCUGUCUUGAUGAAACUUGCCACAGGCAGGUAUGAAGGUCCGCUGACACACGAUGAAUUUUUGAAAGUUGUCGGCGCGUCGUGGAGCCGAGUCGGCGAGAUAGUUCGUGCUGUCGUCCAGUACGGGCUCGUAGAUGCCGGUCAGGUUGUUGUGUGGACGGAGAUAGGAGGAGCCGGGUUCACGCAGGCUCCAAAAAAUGACUGCGCACAUAUCUCGGAAAACCGACUCCAUGGAGAUCGCCUUGAACUCAAUGAUCGAGAAUCUAAGGAGAAGUUCCACGUUAUGCCGCGUAAUCCGGAUUCUUGA